UUUUCUAUGGGAAAUUUACCUUUAAGAUUGGGAAAUUUACAUUUAAGACCAAGUUUAAGAUUAGUAAUUAUUUUAGUUAGUCAAUUUAUGAACAUAUAUACGUCUAGAAAAUCUUACAUAUGAGCAGAGCCGAACCUGGACCAAGCAAACCUAACGAAACAGUGGCCUUAACCCUCUAAUUUUUUUGAAAUUUUUAUAUGGAUAUAAACCCUCAAAAAAUAAUUUUAAACUCUCAAAUUUGUAUAAAAAAUUAGUUAAAUUUUUUUAAUAAAUAAGCUAUGGGCUCAUAAAUCUCAGGGCUGGCCUGGAUAUGAGAUGUGUAAUGUAGGUUUCAAACUCAAUACUCAAAACAUAUCAAUAAAGCGUACGAUAGGGUAACUGUGUAACCCAACGAUAAGAUUAUUAGACAUAUCAUCAUGUCAAACUUAGAUUUAUAUAUUAAAAUUAUGGGAUCUCUGAUAUCGAUCUAUUAUACAAAAGUUGUCUGGAGGGGGCUUAUAAUUCAAUAUUUGAAAAAUAAGAUUCACAUAUAUCUAUCUAUACAUAUAUGUCAAUUUUAAGUAAGAAAGGCCAAUUUCAUUUUUUGUUAUAUUUUUUGAUAAACAAAUAAUAAAAAUCCUACAUAAAUACAACAGUCACUUCACUUGUUCCAUUCAUACUGUCAUCUUCCUAUCUCUCUCUCUCUCUCUCUCUCUUUUUCGGGCAUAACUUGUUUGAUCCUAAACUCUAUAACCUGCUUCAUCGACAAAGUGUCUUUUGCUUCAAUAUCUAUCCCUUACCACUUUUAGAAAUCAUAUUUAAAAAUGUCCGGAAGAAGAUCACGUUCGAGGCAAUCAUCAGGAACUACAAGGAUCUCAGAGGAUCAGAUCAACGAUCUCGUUAUCAAGUUGCAGCAGCUUCUUCCUGAGCUCAGGGACAGUCAUCGUUCCGACAAGGUUUCAGCAGCGAGAGUGUUGCAAGAUACAUGCAACUACAUAAGGAAUCUGCAUAGAGAGGUUGAUGAUCUCAGCGAGAGGCUAUCUGAGUUACUCGCAAACUCAGACACUGCUCAAGCCGCUUUAAUCAGAAGCUUACUUACCCAAUAACUUUCAUCUUCUUAUUGUUUACCAUAAUAAUAAUAGUACGCGAAUUUGUUUUUUUUUAUUCUAUAGAUGAUGGCCUUAUAGGUGUUUAAGGAUACGAGUUCGUCACUUCUGCUUCGGUCAUAGAUUUAAAAUCUUUGCCCUUUUUCGGUUAUUUUGUUUGUCUCAUUUUCGAAUUAUGUUAGGGUUUUGACUUGGCUAUGCUCAUUUUCUGAAAUUUAUUUGUUUGUGUCUUUUAAUUAGUAAUUUAAAUCAUAUGUCAUAGCAAGAGAUCAUCUUACACUAAAAAUCACAAAUUUACCGCUUAGGAAUUUAUCGAAAUUACGAUAAUUAAUUAAGAAGAAGCCUUUAAAAUUCUUGGAAACUAAUAAAAAAAUUUGAAAUAUAGAAAGGAAGAAAUUUGAUAAAUCCAUAAAUUUAAGAAGCAUAAUAAUGAACAAAAUAUUAUUCAUGUCCAAAAAUAUCCAAGAACAUAUUCGAAGAACAAUAUAGAGAAAGGAAAUUUAUUUAAAAAUCAUUUGAGUUUUAUGGGGCUUCAGAAUAUUAAAAGAACAAUAUAGGAUAAAUCAUAGUUAGUUAUUAUAUAUUACAUAAAAAUAAAGUAAUUAAUUAUUUUGAGACCAAGGCAUCGAUGAAACUCCAUUUCCGCGUAUUAACAUCUUAAAGAUUGAAAUAUGUUUAUGGGCAACAAAGUAUGGGGUGAAUUUGACGCUAUGCGCUCAAAAUAAGCACAAAAAGAUGCAAAUAAAUAUUAUGCCAUACCCUAAUUUCGAUUGUUGUCACUCUUGUUUAUAAAUUACUUUUGUAGUUUCUAUCCUUCCCACCGAACAUUAUUUAGUAAGAUAUUUUGAAUAUUAAUAAACUUUAUUACAUACGAGAGGAUUGAAAAAAAAUUUACGUAUGAGAGAAUAUCUACUUUUAUUUUUGUAGUAUUUACUCCAGUUUUAAACACCACAUAAUAUUUACACAUAACGAUAGCCCGUAUGCAUU